AUGGAGGAUUAUAAGACCAUUACCUUGAUUGAAGAAUGCAAUGCUGUGAUUCAAAACAAAUUACCUCUGAAACUCAAGGAUCCAGGGAGCUUUUCUAUUCCUUGCACUAUUGGUGAAAUUAAUUUUGAUAAAGUAUUAUGUGACCUUGGUGCAAGCAUUAAUUUGAUACCCUUUUCUGUUUUCAGGAAGCUUGGACUAAAAGAACCAACACCUACCACUAUUUCUCUUCAAUUGGCUGAUAGAAGUAUUAGAUAUCCAAGGGGAGUAGUGGAAGAUGUUUUGAUAAAAGUAGAUAAGUUUAUUUUUCCUAUUGACUUCAUUGUUUUGGACAUGGAAGAAGAUUAUGAUAUGCCCCUAAUUUUAGAGAGACCUUUUCUUACCACAGGGAGAACUUUAAUUGAUGUCCAGCAAGGAACACUUAGCCUUAGAAUUUAUGAUGAGAUAGUUACUUUUAAUGUUUUUAAGUCUACGAAAUAUUUUAAUGACAAUGAAAGAGAAGUCUUAAGGAUAGAUGGCAUUGGUGAUUUAGUAAAGAGAUUUGAUGAGCCUAUAGAAAAUUACAUUGCUAACUCUUUUGAUGACCAGAAAACAAUUUUAGAUGCUAAGAACAAGGUCAUGGCUAAGGGCUAUUUGAGAGAAAAGCAAAAAUCCUGUCCAUCCAAAAGAGACAAAUUGUUACCCUUGGAUGUUUCUUCUUCUUCUUCAAAAGCCAAACCACCAAGUCAUGAAAAGAAAAAAAUGAUAAGGGUGCUUAAAGAGCUAAAGAAGGGGAUUGGAUGGAAAGUUGCUAACAUUCAAGGAAUAAGUCCAUCAUCCGACAUGCACAAAAUUUUAACAGAAGAAGGAUUCAAGCCUCCCUGA